AGAUUUGACCAGAGAGAGAGGGAAAGUGAGAUAGCAAACCACCAGGUCUGGAACUUAAACUGUGGACAAACAUAUAGGAAGGAGUCCACCGGGCAGUGGAGGAGGAAAUGGCAGGUCCUAAUCAACUCUGCAUUCGCCGCUGGACUACCAAGCAUGUAGCUGUGUGGCUGAAGGAUGAAGGAUUUUUUGAAUAUGUGGACAUUUUAUGCAAUAAGCACCGACUUGAUGGAAUCACAUUGCUCACGUUGACUGAGUACGAUCUCCGGUCUCCUCCUCUGGAAAUCAAAGUUUUAGGGGACAUUAAAAGGUUGAUGCUGUCAGUCCGAAAAUUGCAGAAAAUACAUAUCGAUGUUUUAGAAGAGAUGGGCUACAACAGUGACAGUCCCAUGGGUUCCAUGACCCCUUUCAUCAGUGCUCUUCAGAGUGCAGACUGGCUCUGUAAUGGGGAGCCUCCACAUGACUGUGAUGGACCCAUCACUGACUUGAAUUCCGAUCAGUACCAGUACAUGAAUGGGAAAAACAAACAUUCUGUUCGAAGAUUGGACCCAGAGUACUGGAAGACCAUACUGAGUUGUAUAUAUGUUUUUAUAGUGUUCGGGUUUACAUCUUUCAUUAUGGUUAUAGUCCAUGAGCGAGUGCCUGACAUGCAGACCUAUCCACCACUCCCAGAUAUAUUCUUGGACAGUGUUCCUAGAAUCCCAUGGGCCUUUGCCAUGACAGAAGUAUGUGGCAUGAUUCUGUGCUAUAUUUGGCUCCUGGUUCUUCUUCUUCACAAGCACAGGUCAAUACUUCUGCGAAGGCUCUGUAGUCUGAUGGGCACUGUGUUCUUGCUUCGCUGCUUCACCAUGUUUGUGACCUCCCUCUCCGUGCCAGGACAGCACCUGCAGUGUACCGGAAAGAUCUAUGGCAGCGUAUGGGAGAAGUUACGCCGGGCUUUUGCCAUUUGGAGUGGCUUUGGUAUGACCCUGACUGGCGUUCACACUUGUGGAGAUUACAUGUUCAGUGGCCACACGGUCGUCCUAACUAUGCUGAAUUUCUUUGUCACUGAAUAUACACCAAGAAGCUGGAAUUUCUUACACACUUUAUCCUGGGUUCUCAACCUUUUUGGAAUCUUCUUCAUCUUGGCUGCCCAUGAACAUUAUUCUAUUGAUGUGUUUAUUGCCUUUUAUAUCACAACGAGACUCUUUUUGUACUACCAUACUCUGGCCAAUACCAGAGCGUAUCAGCAGAGUAGGAGAGCAAGGAUUUGGUUUCCCAUGUUUUCUUUUUUUGAAUGCAAUGUGAAUGGCACAGUACCUAAUGAAUAUUGUUGGCCAUUUGCAAAACCAGCAAUAAUGAAAAGACUAAUUGGGUGAAGACUGUAUCUUCAUUCUGAGUUUGUGAUUAAAUAUACAGUAGUUGUUGAAAAUGAAUAAUAACUUGCUCUCUCCUAUAGGUUGUACCUGGAUGCCUUGUUUUUUUGGCUUGUGUGUUGACAAAUUUCCCUGUUCUGAGCAAGGCUGUGAUUAUAAAAAGGAAAAAAGAACAAUCAAGAGUCCUUACAUAGCUGUUUGAACAGAAAGCUUAAGUAGAUGUUCUUUGCCUCUUCUCUUUAAGGAGGACUUAAUAUUGUGAUUGAAGUAAGUCUGUUACCUUUACCUGUUGAGUAUUUGCUUAUUGAACCUAAGCAAAUCAACUUUAAGCAGUUUGCUGGUUGAAGGAUUUAUAUUGAUUUCCAGUAGGACUCUUGUUAAAGAAAUACUAUUUUUUUAAAGCUCCUUAUUAUGUUCAAAAGAAAAAAACUACCAAGUGAGGAAUACUUUUCCUUGAAGUAUUCUUAUAUCUGUUUUUAAAAAUGCAGCUCUGGAAAGAGAUCCACUUUACUGACAAAUAGUUUUUACCAUCUGAGCCACCUUAAGAAAAGUAUACUGAGCACACCAGGAUGCUUGUGAGACAAGAAGACAAAGGAACCAUUCACAAAAUGACAAAGUACUGUGAGGUUGCCACUGACCUCCUCAUUAAUGCAAACAUGAGUCUGGCAUUUUUUACCAAAGAUGCAACAAAAGAUGCAGUUCCUAUUUUGUUCUGAGGGUUCAGUAUGACCUCCAGUAAGAAUUCAUGGAGGGGGUGGGGGGUGGCUGCUUCCGCAAAGAUAAAUUGGCUUAAUUUUAGUGUGUGGGUAUCUGGGAGAACUUUGUGUUAUAGUGGUUAGUUAGGUAGGUAACAGUGACAACUUAUGCAUUUUUAGUGAUGUUAUUUAAUGAGCCAAAUAGGAGUGUUUUACCAAAUGUCAAAGUUCUUGUAUCAUUAAGUGGGAGGUGUGCAUGCAAAGAAUUUUUUGCUCCUUCUGAAAGAAAUUUAUAACAGGUUACAGGCAUGAUAUAACCUUUUGGUUUUUGAAAUUUCUUAUUCUUGGCCAUUAGAAGUAAACAUUCUCAGACAUAUUUGAAUACAAAAAUUUUUUGUUGAUUAUUUUAAAUAUAAUUGUGUAUAUACAUUCUUUCUACUUAGUCUUAAUUUGGCAGUCAGGAUCUAAUGCAACUUAGCUGUUUUUACAACACUAGACUUAUGUACCUUAAGUGUUUUCACCUCUGUGGUAACAUUUGUCACUUUAUU